AUGGUCGGUGGAAGGCAUCCCGACAUGGCGGCCGACAAGCGGCAAAUUCUGGUCUGCAUCAACUGCCGGAGCCGGAAAAAGAAAUGCGACAAGGGACUGCCUUCAUGUGGCUAUUGCGUCCAGAAGCGUCUAAAAUGUGCGUACUCGAGGGGCACCACCCAUCGGCAAGAUGACCCAUUCGGCACACCGGAGAGGAACGAGGCGGCAGUCCCGGAACAAAUAGGUCUCUCGUCCAUUUUGGGUACGGUUUUAUCAAGGCCGGAGAAAUUAGAAAUUAGCGUCCAUGCCGAGGUCAAUCGCUUGAUUCGCUCCACUGGCCAGUUCGUUGAUGAUAUCACUGCCCGAUACUUCAAAGACGUACAUAUUUUUCUCCCAGUCAUCGCCCGCUCUCGCUUCCACAAUGGCCUCAUUAACCUAGGAGCACCCCCUUCCGCAGACCUAUCCAUCCUGCUCCUUUGCAUGUGCCUCGUUACCCCAAACCCUGAGUCGAGGGAUUCCUCCUCUUCCAGCAAGACGAGCCAACACACGAUAUACCUUUCGGCCAGGUCAAUCUUUGCACAGCUACAGGCUUUGAUAUCUCCUUCAGUAAGCUUCAUACAAGCAGGGCUACUGUUGGCAGUUUACGAGUAUGUCCACGGGCAAAGCGAUCGAGGCCUUGGGACUAUAUCGAAUUCCGCGCGAAUGGCUUAUGCCGCUCGCAUCCAUACUCUAAAUGUCAACUUGAGACACGAAGAGCAAACCAGUCAUAGUUUGCAACCAGAAGAACGUGAGGCUUUAAAUACCUGGUGGGCUCUCAUCAUCUGGGAACGUAUAAUGAUGCUGGAAGUGAAUGCCCAAGAUCAGCCAUUAGUCACAAGUGUCCGUGCCGAAAAUGCGGCACUUCCAACCGAGCCCGACUCUAUUGAUCGGGGUGGUCCAAUGCUCUCAAAUACUCCGGUGCCAAAGCUCCUAGUCUCUACCCCACACGAAGUGAAUGUUGGUGGUUUUGGUCGUCUUGCCCAGGCAAUCAUGCUAGUAGAUCAAAUUCUCAAAGCCUUCAGCAUAUGCGAUGUCGCCGCACGACUUUCCGCACUUCACAAUAUAAACACCUCACUCCAGUCAUUCCUAGGAGUGGUCGUAAAACAGCACUCGGGGAGGCCCUCAUCAUAUUGUUCAGCUGUGGUUAUUGCCAUUAGAUCACUUCUCAGCCUCCAUGGACACAUUAUUCAAUUGACUUCGGCAACAACCGCUGGAGAUGGCAGCCACGCUGACAACGCUGAUUCUUUUGCUGCAAUCCGUACAGGGAUCGCAAUGACUUUGGAUAUCGCUGAAUGGCACUCAGCUAGGCCUCCGCACAUGGGCCUCAUGCUUCCUCCAAACUAUGUAUACCUAUUGCGUGCCGCACUUUCGCAUAUGGAACAUAACUCGCUCCUUGGAGAUGGCAACAGGGCUCAAGAAUCGAGGAAAUGUCUCGAGCGCUCCCUCGCCCAAUUUGGAAGUAUUUGGGGCCAAGCGGGAUGA